AUGAUUACGCCAACAAACAUAAACAAGAAUGGCGCAGCACCAAUACUUACUCUUCUCGCCACGACUCUGUUUUUCAAGACAAAAACAGAGACUCCUACCGCCGACCACUUUACAACGCAUCAAAAGGUCAGCAACGGAGUCUCUAUGGUGAAAGGCUUCAUAAAACAUAAUGGAGGGCAAAGAGAGGAGAUAGAGACCAUAUCGGAUCUCCUAGGAACCAUCAUGAUGCAAAUUACAGAGACACCUGUGUUUCUCCCCGCAGAGUUGCUCGUAAUUCUCCUUGUGGGACGGAACUAA